UAAUGCUCAACACCCUGUCCUUUUUCUAACCCUCUCUUCUCUCUUUCUUCACACCUUCCUCUGUUUCUUUCCUCCAUCUCUUUCUCUGCUCAAACUCUCUAAAACAACCCACUUCUUCUCCCCUUAUUGACCUGUUUAGACCCAUUUCUGGAUCUUCUGGUGUAAAGGGCCUUUAAAAGCUUGAGAAUUUGGUGACUUGGUUUGCAGUGUGAAAUUUGAAAUCUUGCUACUCACUCCAUCUGAAGCUGUUAACCCAAGUUUUCUGAAUAUUUACACCACCUUUGGGUUUGUUUUGCCUGAGAAAAGAUGAUGAUGUUUGAUGAAAUGGGGUUUUGUGGCGAUUUGGAUCUGUUUUGUGGUUCCCUUGGAGAAGGGGAUAUUGCUGUCAAGCAAACUGAGUCAGAAGCUGUAGUUGAUGAUGAUUAUAGUGAUGAAGAAAUGGAUGUGGAUGAGCUUGAGAGGAGGAUGUGGAGGGAUAAACUGCGUCUCAAGAGACUGAAAGAGCAAACUAAGGCUAAGGAAGGAAUCGAUGCAGCAAAGCAAAGGCAGUCUCAAGAACAGGCAAGGAGGAAAAAGAUGUCAAGAGCACAAGAUGGAAUACUGAAGUACAUGCUGAAAAUGAUGGAAGUUUGUAAGGCGCAAGGAUUUGUGUAUGGGAUAAUUCCUGAGAAGGGGAAACCGGUGACUGGCGCAUCUGACAAUCUUCGUGAAUGGUGGAAGGAUAAGGUUCGUUUUGAUCGGAACGGUCCAGCUGCCAUAGCCAAGUAUCAAGCGGACCACGCGAUCCCAGGAAGGAACGAUGGAUGCAAUUCUGUUGGUCCAACUCCGCAUACCUUGCAAGAGUUACAGGACACCACCUUGGGUUCCCUCUUGUCAGCACUGAUGCAGCACUGUGAUCCCCCUCAGAGGCGGUUCCCCUUGGAGAAGGGUGUUCCUCCACCAUGGUGGCCCACAGGGAAUGAAGAAUGGUGGCCCCAAAUUGGUUUGCCUAAAGAUCAAGGCCCUCCACCUUACAAGAAACCUCACGACCUGAAGAAGGCGUGGAAGGUUGGUGUUCUAACUGCAGUUAUCAAGCACAUGUCUCCUGAUAUCGCCAAGAUUCGCAAGCUUGUGAGGCAGUCCAAAUGCCUUCAAGAUAAAAUGACAGCCAAGGAAAGUGCAACCUGGCUCUCCAUCAUCAAUCAAGAGGAGUCUUUGGCUCGAGAGCUUUAUCCUAAUUAUUGCCCUCCAUUAUCCUCUGCUGGAGGUAGUGGGUCUUUGGUCAUCAAUGAUUGCAGCGAGUAUGACGUUGAUGGUGCUGAUGAUGAGCCGAACUUUGAUGUGGUGGAACGAAAACCUGAGAAUAUCCAUCCAUCCAAUCACGGGAUGGAGAGAAUGAGGGGAAUGCUGCCAGUUCAGCAACCUUCUCAUCCAAUCAAGGGAGAGGUUGUCACAAACUUGGACUUCAUUCGCAAGAGGAAGGUCUCUAGUGACUUUAACAUGAUCAUGGAUCAGAAAAUUUACACAUGUGAACAUCCUCAGUGCCCUUAUAAUGAAGUUCGCCUCGCCUUUCAAGACAGGUCUGCUAGAGACAAUCAUCAAUUGAGUUGUCCGUAUAGAAGUGGUGCUGCCGACUAUGGUGGUCCUAAUUUUCAUGCUACUGAGAUUAAGCCAGUUAUAUUCCCCCAGUCAUUGGUUCAACCCAACACUUCAGUUCAGUCUGCUAAUUUGGUUCCACCUUCAUUCGAUCUAACUGGGCUUGGAGUUCCAGAGGAUGGCCAGAAAAUGAUCAGCGACCUUAUGUCGAUCUACGAUACAAAUGUUUUAGGAAACAGGAACUUAAGUUCCAAUAACAACUCUGUAGCUGCAGAAAACCAAAACCUUUCUCAGCCCAGCAUUCAGCGACAACAGGACAAUUUCUUUUCUGGUCAAGGAAUGGUGAUGGAUGGCAACUUCUUUGCGCGAGAGGACGGUCAAUUUGACCGGUUCAAGGCUAUGAACUCUCCCUUUGAAACCAACCACAACAACAACAACAAUAAUAUCCACAUGAUAUUUGGCUCUGCAUGUGAUUUGGCAUCUUUUGAUUUCAAGGAGGAUCUACACGGAGUAGGGAUGGACACACUUCACAAACAACCAGAUGUUUCAAUAUGGUACCAGUGAAAAUGACUUUUUAGAAGGGUUGCCACUCUGAUCAUGUGAAACUCCCUUGAGUCAAAGGUGGUGACUGCAUUUUUCUUCACAUGUAAUGGUGUAGGUUUAGAUAUUUUGUUGUGCUUGGUCUGUUCUGUUAUUAUGGGUUAAUAAGUUAUAUGGUGAUCAUGUUCCUAUAAUGUAACCCUUUUGUGCUUUUAUCAUUGUUAAUUAGCCCUAUUGUUGUCACUAUAUUAUAUGUACUACUGUGAAAUAAAUAAGAUGGUAGUUCUCUCAUAAA